AUGGAGAGCGAGUUGGAGGCGCUGGCCGCCCGGCCCGAGAGCCCGGGCGAGCCGCCCUUCCAGGCGCUGGUGGAGGCGGCGGGCGGCCGCGGGCAGGUGCUACUGGUGGGCGAGCUGUGGGAGCGCGAGCAGAGCCGCGCGCUCCUGUGGGACUUCGCCCGAGCAGUGUUCCCGCCCCAGCAAGCCGCGGGCAAGCCCGGCGGCGGGGCCGCCGAGGGCGCGGGACCCGGGGCUCCCGGCGUGCCGAAAAGGCACGCGACCGGGGCGCGCGCCAUCCGCUCGCCGCUCGUCUUCGUGCUGUGCCGCGCGUCGUCGCUGGCCGCCCGGGGGCCGCGGCGCCACCUGCGGGAGAUGCUGCGGGAUGUGCGAGGCCGGCGGCGGGCCGGCGCGGCGCUGGUCGGGGUGCUGGUGGCCGAGGCGGAGCCGGAGGACGCGGGGGCCCCGGAGCUGCGGCUGCUGGAGGCUCUGCUGCGCACGGUGUUCGGCCGCCAGGCGGGAGGCCCGGUGCAGGCGGCCGCCUACCGCCCCGGCCACCCGGCUUCCAGCCUGGCGGUUCAGGCGGCCGCCUGCAGGGCCCUGCAAGCCGCCGGGCCCUGGCGCCCAGAAGGAGCCUGGGACAGACCAGGCCUUCCAGCACUGCUGGCGUGCUUUUCCUGGGGUUCCUGGAGCCGGGGGAAGGACCCAGAUACCAGCUCCCGCAGUGGUCCAGCUCAGGGUGACCUCCAGGACUCUGAGGAGGAGCUGGUACUGAUGGCAGUAUAUCCCAAUGGAGAUUGCGAGGACCCCGGAAAGGGGUCAAAACCCUGUGACAGAGUUGUCUCUGCUCCCACUGAGCCCACCGGAGACUUGAGAUGA